GUCUCUCAAGCUUCGUCUCUAGCCCUAAUCACCUCAAAGUCGGCCGAAAAUCAGCAGCUCCACUUUGCGAGUUGCAGCCUUUCCUUUCCCCGCGGAAAGUUCGAUCAUGGCCAUCGGCGACGACAUUGAGAGCAACGCUUCUUCCGAUCUAGGGUUUCUGCGAGUGAGACCCGGCUAAGGGAAACAAGGGAUUUACUCCGCCGCCACCGACGGCGCCGCGAGAAUGAGGAUCUCGGGAACAGCGACCGGGGUCCGAUUCGAGCCUGAAGACGAUCAAAUCAUCACUUAUCUCCUCGAUAAGGUAAUGGGCAAUGCUUUGCCCUCUAAUCCGGUGAUCGAUUGUGACCUAUACGGUGAAGAUGAGGCUUGGAAGAAGCUGUUCGUUGAAACAGGGGAGUCGGAGUUGUAUUUCUUCACCAGAUUGAGGAAGGCGAAGACGAAGAAGGGGGAAUUGGGCUGCGGCGGCGGCGGUGGCGGCGGUAGAGCUGAGAGGACCGUUGGCUCGAAGGCCACGUGGCGGUCAAGCAAGGACGACCCUAUUUUUCUCCCCGGCCAGAACGUCCAGAUCGGGUCGAAGCGGACUUUUACUUACCGUCUCAACCAGAGAUCGGCGGCUGCCGGCGAGGAGGUAGCGGCGAGGAAGAAGGACGCUGGGGAUGGGUUCUCAAUGACGGAGUACCGCCUGGACGGCGUACUCAACUGCGUCGCCACGGAUCUUGUGAUGUGCUCGGUGAGAAGGAAAGAAAGCAGAGCAUCCUCUGAGAUGGAGAUCAUCGACGCCGGGGUUCCACCGGCGAUGGCGACGCCGACUUCGACGGGUUGGCGUUUGCGGCCUUGUGGGUCGACCAUGAUUCAGCCGGUGAUGGGAGGAAUGGCGUUUUUGUGCUAGUGAUGGUUCGAGAUUUGCCUUCUGUUGAUACCUCUCAGUAUCAGUUGGGACAGAGGCAGAGAGUGACAUCCAUGGCUUACCGGAUUAAAGAUUAUUUCAGUAGAAAGCAAGUAGUCUGCAAAUUCUUAGCCUUUGUUAGUCAUUAUUCAGAUUCUUUGGGUUCAUUGUGUUUGAUGUCAGAUUAUAAUCAAACAAUGUCAUUUAUGUAACAGUUAGUUCAUAAUCAAAUUGCAGUAGAAUG